AUGCAACCCCUCAUCAACAGCAGUCAGGGUAAUCUCCUCGUCAUCUACUCUAAAGAGUCCCCAAGUGCCAAUGAGGACAACAUCGCUGGCAAGAUAAACGACGUCAUUCAGAACUGGAAAGGUUAUGCAUUUGUGUUUUCUAAAGUAGUUGAUGUUCCUACCGCAGACAAGUCUCAACUGGCUGAAUCCUUUAAACAACUUGAGGUAGCUAAACUUGGGCUUGACAACAUCUUCCGUUGUUAUAAACCUGGAAAUGAUCCUUUUCAGUGCACAAGCUGCUCCUCAGGUGGAGAUGUUAUGCCCUCAUGUGUUGCAAACGAUGCCCCAUCAAAUCAAGAACAGGGCGUAGGUGAGGAACAAAUUACGACCCCGUCAACAGGCACAGACACGGGCAAAGAAAUAGCACCAGGUGAAGGUAUAGUACCAGGUGAAGGAACAGCCCCAGGUGAAGGUAUAGCACCAGGUGAAGUAACAGCACCAGGUGAAGGAACAGCACCAGGUGAAGGAACAGCCCCAGGUGAAGGUAUAGCACCAGGUGAAGGAACAGCACCAGGUGAAGGAACAGCACCAGGUGAAGGUAUAGCACCAGGUGAAGGAACAGCCCCAGGUGAAGGUAUAGUACCAGGUGAAGGAACAGCCCCAGGUGAAGGUAUAGCACCAGGUGAAGGUAUAGCACCAGGUGAAGGAACAGCACCAGGUGAAGGUAUAGCACCAGGUCAAGGAAUGGCACCAGGUGAAGGUAUAGUACCAGGUGAAGGAAUGGGUGCAGGCAUAGCCCCGGAAAUAGGCAUGGGUGGGGGAACAGGAGGUAGUGGAGGAAAGGGGGAAGCCAGACAAGUGGACAAGUGCAAAGGACGUGGCAGUCGUAAAGUAGGCUGCAAGCGCAGAGGAGUCGGCAGACGUGGAAAAGGUGGCAAGAUUAGGAGACAAUGCAAGCGUAGAGGAGGCUGCAAGCGCAGAGGACGUGGCAGGCGUGGAAAAGGUGGCAAGGUUAGGAGACAACGCAAGCGUAAAGGUGGCAAGCGCAGAGGAGUCAGAAGGCGUGGAAGAGGUGGCAAGAUUAGGAGACAACGCAAGCGUAAAGGUGGCAAGCGCAGAGGAGUCAGAAGGCGUGGAAAAGGUGGCAAGGUUAGGAGACAAAGUAUGCUUAAAAGAGGCAAGCGCAGGCGAGGCGGCAGGCGUGGAAGAGCUGGCAGGGUUAGGACAGGGCGCAAACAAAAAAGAGGAGGCAGAGGUAGAGGAUGGGGUAAGCCUAGAGGAGGACGCAGAAGCAAAGGUAAAGGAUGGGGAAUGGGUAGAAGCCGCGGUAAACGCAGAGGAGGUGGUAGAAGCUGGAGUAAGCGUCGAGGCAGGCGUAGUUGGGGACUGCAAUGAUACAGGUAACAUAACUUUGUAAGGACCUGAGAAUCUAAGCAGCAGUCCAAUGAAGCUGACUGAGACAAAACAAUACCUUACACUCACUAAAAUUUUGCUUCUUUUUUUUUUUUUUAUCUCUCAUAGAUUUCAUGACUCCGUUCUGAUAUUUUAUACUGCCUAUGCAUCUAUAUUACACCUGAGUUUUGGCAUCGAUACUGAAGAGGAUCCUUUUUUUUUCUAACUUUCAAAAAGAUUAACCUGGUCGUAUUCAAUAUUUUUCUUAUUGUCAGACCAAAAGAAGCAAUGUAUGAAUCUACUAACAAGUGUGCUAGAUCUUCUUUCUCUGUGCCACAGCGGAGCUCCAUUGUUGCUAAAAACACAUCAGUGAGCCACACUGUUGCAUUGGGGGACAUGCUCCUCAAUUACCAUGAACACACACACUGUUGCUUAUUUUGACCAAAUCCCACAAAAACCAUCAAGCUGCCACAAAUACUAACGAGAAAACCAAAUGUAGAUUUAAAGCACCAGGGCUGCGGCCAGAGUCAGGUUAAGGAAGUCAGAAAAUAUUUAGAGUAGGGAUGGGCAUUUUCAGUAAUUUCAAUGUUCAAGAAUUUGUACUUGAGUAUUUGCAAAAAAAUAAAAUAAAUAAAUUUUAAAAAGCCAUUUAUUUAACAACCAGGCUUUAACUAACCAUGGAUUCAACGAUAACAUAAACAAAUGAGUUUACUGAUACUGUCAUGCUGACCUUUAUUUCAUUAAAAUUCAACGUGGAUCUUUUUUUUUCACUAGAUGCUUCUGCAACUAGUGAACAUGAUUGCCAAAACAUUGUUUAGAUUUUUUUGGGGCUUCUGAAGGGGGGCAUGACAGAAACAAUUUACACACUACUUGGUUAGAUGCAGCACUGAAGGACCAUCUCUGAGCCACUCUCCUCCUGGUCAGUUCAAAGACUGUCCGAUUAGCAUGAGAUAACACUGCAGCAGCUGCUAACAUCUGUAACCAAGCCAUUUAACACUCCCAACAAACUCAUACCAACACCGAACAGUUGGAUUAGAACAAGUCGUUUUCAAAAAUAUUCAUCCACUGAUUUACAGAUGUCUUUUUUACAAUGUAAGUAAUUCCACUUUUGACCACUAUGUAAAAUUGGCUUCAAUUCCCAGCUUGACAUUAAACCAAGUAAGUCCCAGCCCAUUUGCUGGUACUAUGGAGUUAUU